UGUUUCGCGUCCUCCCUCGGGUUGGUCGCUUGCGACUCGCGUGGCCGCCUUGCAAAGCGGCGACUCCCUCCACACGCUGGCUGCAUGCGAUUCCUUGUCGAAAAGAACACAAGGGCAAAGAAAAGCCAUGCAAGUCGGACCGCGCUUCUGCAUGGCUUGGCGCUGAACGAUUGAUUUGGCGCGGCCAGCUCACUUGCAUGGUGGCUGCAUGCUCGCAGAGAAAAUCAAGUUGGGCUACAAACAAGAAGCGUCUUCGUCAAGUCCCUGCAGAGUCGUCCAGUCAUAUAAUGCGCUCAAUGAAGACAACACUGCCCCCUCGCGGCGGAUGAAGGAGUGAUGGCCUUUCAACGCCUGAAUGAAGAUCUGAGACAUGCCGGUGCGUGUAUUUGUGGAUGCAUAUCUUGAAACGGGGAUGAAGACGCUCCUGGAGGAGACGACGACGAUGAUGUUGUGUUGUCGUCCAUGGUGACACAGAUGCUCUCUCACGCUGGUACGCACGCGCUCUCAGGCAGCCACGCAGGCAGAACGCAGGCACAUUUGAAGUGACCAUGAACAAGGGUUCUGGCUCGGCUUGGCUGGCGUGGCUCAGCUGGCGGCAGAGGUCCAAGGUGGGCCAAGAGGCGGACGGCGUCCGGGACGGCUCGGACGGCUCGGAUCCCCGCGUCGCCACCUGGACCAGUUGGGUGGUGGACCCGGCCGAGCGGUUCUACUACGUUUGGCUGCAGCUCAUGGUUCUGCCCGUCGUCUACAACUGGGUGGUCAUCAUCCUCAGGACGUGCUUCCCGUCCAUUGCGCUGGGCUACCUGGCCGUGUGGCUGACCCUGGACGCCGCGUCCGAUGUGAUGUACGCCGCCGACAUGAUGGUCGCCCUGCGCUCGGGCUACCUGGAGCAGGGCGUCCUGGUUCGAGACGUGGCUCGUCUGAAGCGGCGCUACCUGGGCUCCAAGCGCUUCUUGCGGGACCUGGCAUCGCUGCUGCCGACCGACUUGUUCUACCUGGUCUUUGGCGUCCAGGCGGCCACAGUGAGGAUCAACCGUCUGCUUCGCACGCCGCGGCUCAACGAGGCCCUGGACCGCACGGAGACCAGGACCUCGUACCCAAACACCUUCCGCAUCGCCAAGCUGAUGGUCUACAUCUUUGUGCUGAUCCACUGGAACGCCUGCCUGUACUUUGCGCUGUCCGACCACAUCGGCUUCGGCAGCGACGGCUGGGUUUAUCCCAACGCGUCCCUCCCGGCGUUCGCGUCCACCCGCCGCCAAUACUUGUACUGCUUCUGGUUCUCGGCGCAGAUCUUCACCACGGUGGGCGACACGCCCCUGCCCCGUCAGGAGGAGGCCUUCCUCUUCAUGAUCGCUGACCUGCUCAUCGCCGUGCUGGUCUUUGCGUCCAUCGUGGGCAACGUGGGCAACGUCAUCACCAGCCUGAGGGACCGCGACCACGUCUUUUUCCCCAAUCACGAGCUGGUGAAGGCCUACCUGCGCAGCCACCACAUCAGCAAGGAGCUGCGUCAGCGCAUCGACAACUGGUACCAGCACCUUCGCAUUAACAAGAAAAUCAUGCGGGAGAACGAGAUUCUGCAGCAGCUGCCGCUCCACCUCAGAACCGAGAUCGCCGUCAGCGUGCACUUGCCGACCCUCUCCAAGGUCACCAUCUUUCAGAGCUGUGAGAAGAGCCUCCUGGAGGAGCUGGUGCUCAAGCUAACGCCGCAGGUGUUCAGUCCAGGGGAGUACGUGUGCAGGAAGGGCGACGUGGGCCACGAGAUGUACAUCAUCAAAGAAGGCAAGCUGGCCGUGGUGGCCGACGACGGCGUCGCCCACUUUGCCAUGCUCGGCCAAGGAAACUUCUUUGGGGAAAUCAGCAUCCUCAACAUCAAAGGCAACAAGUCGGGCAAUCGGCGCACCGCCAACAUCCGAAGCGUCGGAUACUCGGACCUGUUCAGCCUGUCCAAAGAGGACCUGACCGACGUACUGUCAGAGUACCCGGCGGCCAAGCGUCACCUGGAGGAGAAGGGCCGUCAGAUCCUGACCAAGAUGGGCAUGCUCGAUGACGGCGGUGGGGCGACGGAGGCGGGGGACGGCGCCCAGCAAGUGGAGACCAAGAUCGGCACGCUGGAGAGCGUCCUGGAGGCCCUGCAAACCAAACUGGCUCGCCUCAUGGCGGAGGCCGAGUCCAGUAACCGCAAGAUGGAGGCCCGCGUGGCUCUCCUGGAGUGGGAGCUGGAGGCCCGGACCGGGCGGCAGCACGGGGGAGAGCGCCGAGGCGACGGAGAGGAGCCCGCAAAGGAGCGAGAGGAGGCCCAAGGCCAGGAGGCCGAGGAGGGAGAUGGCGCCGAGAGCAGCCGAGAUCACGUGAUGGAUGGCGAGUGACUGACCACAACAAUCAAAUCACGUGACGCACUUUCAAUUCUACAUGCAAGCUGGUGUGGAAGUGCAAUCUAAAGUAAGAUGACCAAACCAUACUGUAGUGUAGAUGCUCUCCACGCAGGACAGAACAGAAAUGUAACUUGUGAAAAGCUCGUGUCGUUUAUCAGUAAGAAGAAAAUUGAACAUUGUUUUAUCAUGCGGCAGCGACACCUCUCCGUAAAAGUUGAAUAAAGCCCCUCCCUUCUUUC